GCCGCCAUUUUGUAAGGAUAUAAGAAAUACUAGCAGGUCUACCUCCCAUCUACGACAACCUGUAGUUUUGUUAGUGCCAUGGACGGCCGUUUAGAGACUGAUCUGUAUCCUCUGGGAUCCAGUUACGUCACUGAAAUAGACAGUGUCCAUGAUAUAACGGUCGGCACAAAGAGGGGAUCUGACGAACUCUUUUCCUCCUGCAUAUCUAACGGACCUUAUAUAAUGAGCUCUGGAGCAGCAAAUGGUAAUGACAGCAAGAAGUUCAAAGGGGACAUCAGGAGCCCAGGCAUUCCUUCACGAGUCAUUCAUGUACGCAAACUGCCAAAUGACAUAAAUGAAGCAGAAGUUAUUUCUUUGGGGCUUCCCUUUGGCAAAGUGACCAACCUUCUGAUGCUAAAAGGAAAGAACCAGGCCUUCCUGGAGAUGAACACUGAGGAGUCAGCACAGACUAUGGUCAGCUACUACUCCUCCGUCACCCCUGUCAUCCGCAACCAUCCCAUCUACAUGCAGUAUUCCAAUCACAAGGAGCUGAAGACUGACAACUCACCCAACCAAGUUAGGGCACAGGCAGCACUGCAGGCGGUGAAUGCGGUACAGACAGGAAGCAUGUCUUUGAGCACUGUUGAUGGAGCAGGCAUGGGCAGCCAAAGCCCUGUUCUGAGAGUCAUUGUUGAAAAUCUUUUCUACCCAGUUACUCUUGAUGUUCUUCACCAGAUCUUCUCAAAGUUUGGCACCGUUUUGAAGAUUAUAACCUUUACCAAAAACAACCAGUUCCAAGCACUGGUCCAGUACUCAGAUGGAAUGACUGCUCAGCAUGCAAAACUGUCUUUAGAUGGGCAGAACAUCUACAAUGCUUGCUGUACCCUUCGCAUCAGUUUCUCUAAGCUCACCAGCUUGAAUGUUAAGUAUAACAACGAUAAGAGCAGAGACUACACUCGCCCUGACUUGCCUACCGGAGACAGUCAACCCUCCCUCAAUGCACAGACGAUGGCUGCAGCUGCCUUGACUGCUCCUGGUAUUAUCUCUGCAUCACCAUAUGCUGGGGCUCAUGGUUUCCCACCAACAUUUGCCAUUCAGCAGGCAGCAGGUCUGUCUCUGCAGGGUGUGCCUGCUGGGGCUCUUGCAUCGCUCGGUGUCCCCGGUGCAGCGGCGGCGGCUGCGGCGGCAGCUGCAGCAGGACGCCUGAGUCUUUCUGGUCUCGCUGCUGGUGGGAACAGUGUCCUGCUGGUCAGCAACCUUAACCCAGAGAGCGUUACGCCCCAAUGCCUCUUUAUUCUUUUCGGUGUGUAUGGUGACGUCAUGAGAGUGAAGAUCCUAUUCAACAAGAAAGAGAAUGCUUUGGUGCAGAUGUCUGAUGGAACCCAAGCCCAGCUAGCCAUGAGCCACUUGAAUGGGCAGAAACUGUAUGGCAAGGCUUUGCGGGUCACUCUGUCCAAACACACCACUGUGCAGCUGCCACGUGAAGGUCAUGAGGAUCAGGGGCUCACCAAGGACUACAGUAACUCUCCCCUUCACCGUUUCAAAAAGCCAGGCUCCAAGAACUACUCCAACAUCUUCCCUCCUUCUUCUACUCUCCAUCUUUCCAAUAUACCGCCUUCUGUCACUGAGGAUCACCUCAGAGGCCUGUUCCUAAGUUCAGGAGCUGUGGUUAAGGCCUUCAAGUUUUUCCAGAAAGACCGAAAAAUGGCUCUCAUCCAGUUGGGCUCCGUGGAGGAAGCAAUAGAGUCUCUGAUCAAAUUUCACAAUCAUGACCUUGGCGAGAAUCAUCACCUCAGAGUGUCUUUCUCAAAGUCCACCAUCUGAUGGGAGGCUAUUUUGUUUUAGAGAAGGUGAAAGGACUGUCACUUUAGACCAAACUGUAAGCCUUCCACAAUUUAUAUCACUGUGGACAAAUAUUUUCCACAACACACACUUCAUCAUUCCUUUAUUAUAUCUUUAUUCACAUGUAUGUCUAUUUGUAAUUCCACUGUAAACCCAAUGUGAUUUUUUUGGGUUUUAAUAGUACCUUUUUUUUUUUUUUUUUUUCUCAGACGGUUUGUCUCAUGAUUUAUCAUUGGCACACAUCUGUUUUGGAUCAUAGAUGCUGCGUAGUUUACACUUGUGCCUCUGCGGAAAGCCGCACCCUUUCAGGUUGCACACGCAAAGCCUUUUGUUUUUUGAACCUAUAACUAACUUUUUCAAAGCUAUUCCCUAUUUGCCUUUUCCAAAAAAGCAACGGUGCCUUAAAUGGUGCUUAAAUUGUAUCUUUUUUUUAACGGCCUUAGUAAUGUCUGUUUUUGGCUUCUUUUCAGGAACCAUUAACCUCAAACAUACAAAAAAAAAAAGAUUGCCUGAUGUUCCCAGGUGGUCCCUGUUUAAAUUUGACUAGUGAAAGUGCAGGAAUGUUUUCCUGUGAAAGGCAGCAGCUAGUUCAGAGUUCUUCGCAGGCUGUGGUUUUGUACCCGACUGUCACAACUUAUUGCAUAUAGUUAUUCUAUAUAUAUAUGGUUCUACUCCUUUUUAUGUACCCUUUUUUGUAUAAAAUUAUUCUAGUUUCAUUCCAUAUAAGUCUCUCACACUUGUAUACUGUAUCGUCUUUUUUUGGGGGGGGGCAUUGGCCCACUUUGCUGUCUAGACCAUCAUAUUUCCCAUUUAGUUGGGAGCACUUUUUUUUUUUUUCUCCCCACAUUUCCCUGUCACUUAUUAAAGGUUUUGUUGAUUGCAAAACCACUUGCAACCAAACCAGGGUUUGUUGCCUAUGGUUGUUUUUGUUUUUUAUAUAAAUGUUGAGUUUGACAAAGGCAGUUAAGUUGACAAGAGGAGUUCUAAUGAACUUAACAGUAUGGACGCUCCAGAUCUCACGUUUCUCCUGGGUCCAUUUGUCACUUUCCUUUUGUGUUAAAGAAUAUUAGCAUUAGAGUCUUAAUCUUCUGUGACAUUUUGUGUGAACCGAGACACCUGUGAUAAGACUUCAGACUGUUUUUAGCACUUCUUUGUGUGGUGGGGAAAUGUUCUUUUGUGACGCAUCCAUUUCAUGUUGAUUGUAGCAUGAGUCUUGAGACGCAGACAUUUCCAUUUUAUUUUGCAGCUUGUACUAUUAGGGGAAAGUCUCAGUUUCUAUUUUUGCAACUUGGCAAAAUAUUGGCUUUACUGACAGGUGUUGAGCUUGUUUGGGUGUUUUUUUUUUUUUUUUUUUUUUUUUUUUUUUUUUUCCCUGAAGGGUAGCAUGAUGGACCAAAGCAUCUUCCCUGUUCUGUCAGCCAGUUUUUGAUAUCUUUGAGAUGUAUCUUUUACUGUGCAGCAUCAUUUGUUUUAUCAACAGUUUUGAUUUCAGUGGGCAGAAGGCAAAACAUUGAAGGCUUGUGUAUAUUAUUGCCUUUGUUUACAAGAAGAAACAGAAAAAUUACAAAUUCCAGAAUACAUUGUUGCCUUUUUUUUUUUUUUUUUUUUUUUUUUUUGCUUUAUCAAUUUUUUUUUUUCUGUUAUCAGAUAACAGAACCAAACAGAAGUCUUAAAGUAGCAACAGAGCUCCUUUCUAUUGCGUUAGUAAAACUUUCUUGUUUUUCCCAGUAUGGAUGUAAUGUUGAGAAGCAGGGUGGGUGAGGGCUACUGUGUAUAUAUAAUUUUUUUUUGUUUUGUACAAGUAAUUGAAAAUCAAUUUCUGUCAAACGUGUAUAUUUUGAUAAGGUUAUAGCAGACAUUCAGCUCAUUGUAGAGCCUUUUUUUAUUACACGGUAUUAAAAGAGAUUCCAACA